UGUACAUUUCAUUUCUUAAUCUUCAGAACAGGAUUGGCGGAUGGCACUUUUGUGAUUUCUAUUGUGCCUGCACAGUGACAAUAAAUACAUAAUUUAUAACAUUUUUUAUAACGUUAUUUUCUAAUUUAAUUCCCAUGCUAUAAAAUCGAACAAAAACUAAAUAAUGGGACUUAAGGUGCCGUAAGGUGAGAUUGUACUCUCCUCGAGCUACCUCAAAAAGGGGGGCCCCGCCCGUGCCUCGGACCGCGCGGUGCUACAAAUCCAGCGCACGCCGCGUCUCCAGUCGGCUCUGAACGUGACGUAUUUCCUGGAGAAAGGGUUUGUGGCAGUUUGUUUUCAUCUCCAUCCAGCGGCGAGCCGCGACACUGAGCUGACGCGGAGUCAGUCUGUUCUCACACCUUUUUCAUGUAUCUCCCCGUGCGUGUGUUUGAACUUCAGGUGUGCGAGUGACUGCUGGCACGCUCCGGCAGAAACACCCAGGCACACCCACAAGAAGUAAAGAAAGAAGUGGCGCUGGAAGUUGACCGGCAGAGUGUCAGCAUGGUGCUGAUGGUGGUGAUGGUGGUGACGGCAAGUUGGAGGCGGCUGACCAGUAGCACGGGAUAGUUGCAUUCAUCACUUCAGAGGAGGAGGAAUAAGAGGAGGAGGAGGAGGAGGAGAAUGGGCGUGUGCGUAAGGCGGUGCUGCUGCUGCUGCUGCUCAUCUUCUUCAUCCAUGUAAAGUUGAAAGUGGAGCCGCAGGAGAAGAAGAAGAAGAAGAAGAAGCGGGGGAGAGUCUCCGCCCGGAGGCAGAAGACGAGACAAGGAGGAGGGUGAGGAUGAGGAGGCACCGCGGCGGCUCGGUGCUCGUUGUGGGCGUCUGACCAGGCGAAGGCCACUGUUCUACUUUUCUGCUGUGAGGUAGAGCAGCCCCGCCCUGCCUGGGAGGAAGUGACAGACGAACGGAUAGACUGCCCCCCCCACCCCCGUGAAGUGUUCUCUCUUUCAUGGAUGCCAGGGUGGCCCUGCUGCACCUCUGGGCAGUCCUUGUCCUCCUGACAGCUGAGCUGAAGUGGAUUGAUACUGCAGAGGUCUACACCAACGCUUGGGCUGUCGAGAUCGUUGGCGGGCCAGAGGAGGCCGACCGCAUCGCCAGGGAACAUGGUUUCACCAACCUCGGCAAUGUUUUUGGAGAUUAUUAUCACUUCAGGCAUCAUGCCGUGGAGAAGAGGGCUUUGUCCGGCCACAGGGGGAUGCACAUCAGACUGCAGAAAGAACCCCAGGUCCUGUGGAUGGAGCAGCAAGUGGUGAGGAAAAGGAAGAGGAGGGAUGUGUAUGAAGACCCAACAGACCCUGAUUUCCCCAAGCAGUGGUACCUGACCACCCCAUCGCAUCAAGACCUGAAUACCAAAGUGGCCUGGGCUCAGGGCUACACGGGAAAAGGCGUUGUGGUGACUAUCCUGGACGACGGCAUUGAGAAAGACCAUCCUGAUCUCAUCAACAAUUAUGACCCUGAGGCCAGCUAUGAUGUGAACGAUGGAGACGCUGAUCCCCAACCAAGAUACACGCAGCGAAAUGAGAACAGACACGGGACCCGAUGUGCAGGAGAAGUUGCGGCUGCAGCCAACAACGGUGUGUGUGGUGUGGGCGUGGCCUAUAAUGCUAAAAUUGGAGGAGUUCGUAUGUUGGAUGGGGAGGUGACAGACAUGGUUGAGGCUCAUUCCCUUAGCCUCAAUCCGCAGCACAUCCACAUUUACAGCGCCAGCUGGGGCCCGGAAGAUGAUGGCAAGUCGCUGGACGGCCCUGCCAAGCUGGCCAAGGAGGCUUUUCUCCAGGGAAUCACCAAGGGACGCGGCGGACUGGGCUCCAUCUUCGUGUGGGCCUCUGGUAACGGUGGCCGCGAGCAGGACAGCUGCAACUGCGACGGCUACACAAACAGCAUUUACACCCUGUCCAUCAGCAGCACCACGCAGUCCGGCAACGUGCCGUGGUACAGCGAACCCUGCUCCUCCACGCUCGCUUCCACCUUCAGCUCCGGAAACCCGGGGGAGAAACAGAUAGUGACCACGGACCUCAGGCAGAAAUGCACAGACUCUCACACGGGGACGUCUGCCUCAGCCCCACUGGCUGCUGGGAUCAUCGCUCUGGCUCUGGAGGCCAACAUGAACCUGACCUGGAGGGACAUGCAGCACCUGGUGGUGAGAACGUCCCGGCCCGGACACCUCAGCGCCGGAGACUGGAAGACCAACGGAGUGGGACGCAGAGUGAGUCACUCGUACGGUUACGGGCUCCUGGAUGCCGGCGUUAUGGUUUCUUUGGCACAGAACUGGACGACACUGGGGCCACAGAACCAGUGUGUUCACACCAUGCUCACAGAGCCGAGAGACAUCGGAAACAAGCUGGUGUUCAGCAAGAGCGUGGAUGCCUGCUGGGGACGGCCCGAGUAUGUCAGCUCUCUGGAACACGCUCAGGCUCGCCUCACCCUCUCCCACAACCAGAGGGGAAAAUUGGCCAUUCAUCUCAUCAGCCCACUGGGCACACGCUCCACCCUGCUGUUCCCCAGGCCCAAUGACUUCUCCUCAGAGGGAUUCAACGACUGGGCCUUCAUGACCACCCACUCGUGGGACGAGGAUCCUCAAGGGGAAUGGACCCUGGAAAUUGAAAAUGUGGCGGCUAACGGACGCGACUAUGGUGUGCUGAGUCAGUUCACCCUCCUCCUGUGGGGCACUGGCCCCAGUGUCGUCAACCCCUCGUCGUCCGAUUUCCCUCGACCGUCCAACAACAGCUGCAAGACCUUCGACGCCCAGCAGAUCUGCAUCGAGUGCAGCCCCGGCUUCUCCCUCUUCCUCCAGGGUUGUGUGAAGUUGUGUCCGCCGGGCUUCACCUCGGGGCCGCAGCUGCUCAACCUCUCGCUGGAGAACUGGGUGGACUUGUCCUCAAUCCAGGCCUGUCUCCCCUGCAACCCCGCCUGCCUCACCUGCUCUGGCCCCGGCCCCACAGACUGCCUGUCCUGCCCCCCUCACAGCCACCUGGUCCUCACCUCCUGCCUGCACCAGAACCAGGUCCAGCGUAAGUCCCCUCUAGCCGGGGGACUCCAGGAAGACGGAGCCCAGCCGCACGAGGAGAUCCCGGCCGCAGUAGACAACAACGGCCAAGAGGGUGAGGAACCCCCGGGGCUCAGCGUCACUCCAUCCACUCAGCUGCCCGCCGUCGUGGCCGUGCUCAGCUGUGCCUUCAUCCUGGCUGCCUUCGGCGGGGUCUUCCUCCUGCUGCAGAUGCGCUCGGGUGGCGCCGCGCUGGGCUGGAGGACCAAACUGCCCUCUGUGUUUUCAGAGAGGAGGGGGGUGCGGGUGGGUUUUGGUUUUGGCUUCGGCCAAGGACGGGAGAGGAAGACGCGGAUAUGCUACAAGGGGAUCCCCACUGUGUGGGGGGAUGAGGACAUGAUCGCUUACGAGUCUGAAUCAGACAGCGAGGAAGUGGACAGGAACGGCGAGAGGACAGCGUUCAUCAAGACACAGAGCUCCAUCUAGACGAGCCUGCGUCUGCUGCCGUGGCGACAGCUCCAUGUCUCGGUGUGACUGUGACAAGAGGGACAAUCCCACAGAUGCUACAUCCACACUACUAUGUUUUUUUUUGACACAUCAACACCCGGCGCCCAAACUACUCUGGAGUUUUAGAGCCGAUAAAACUGAGAAGUUUGGAAACGCUGCCAUCACCGUUUUAGUUUGAAAAGUACGGGGCUGCGUUUUAGUCUGGACGGGCAGAAACAGAGCUGACGUAGACCCUCACCGUCGCUUGCCGAUUGGGUCUUUUCUGUCACAACGUAGCCUUUGCUGAUUCGUCAGGCUCCUGUUGUUUUCAUUAACAGCUUUAGUGCAGUUAAAUUCUACAUUUUCCCGCUUGUAUGUGUAGGAGAGGAGCUAUAACUCGAGCAAUCUGUGACAAUGCCCGUGUCCAGAGGGGCACGUACGCCUUUCUGUUUCCACCGGCACGAGUAUACCCGAUGUACGCAAGUGGUCACGUGAUCUGCGUAUUCAGGCAUGUUGGUAUGGACGGGGAUUCAAAUUUACAUGAAGCCAAAACCCUCGAUUAAACAGAUCAUUUUAGUUUGAAAAGUCGUUUUUAAACAAAGAAAACCGUAGUAGUAUGGAUGUAGCCAGAGUCAGACAAAAACUAAACGCAAGCCUUACUGUCCCAUCAGCACCUCAUCCACUCUCAUCCACAUCCACUGAAGAGUCAAACAUCUGGAUUUCAUGUAUUUAUUUACAUUUAUUAAUUUAUCUCAUUGUUUUGAUUCCAGAUGUAUUUAUUAUGCAUUUGAGAACUUUUUUUGUCCAGUUUAUUAAAGUGGUUUAGUAUUGUACUUCCUUUACUUCAACUUGGAGGCUUGCAAUAAACAAAAGGUCAAAGCAGCAGCAGCAGCGAUAUCCUGGUCGCAGGUAAAGGAAAAGCCUCCAGAAACAUCGAACACUACAUUUCCCAUAAUGCAGCUGAAUAGCAUUGUUGGAUUCCGCCCUGUCUGGUAAAUUCCCAUUUAAGUCGACUCUCCAAAAUCCCAAAGCCAGAGCCAACAAAAACCCCAGUGACAUUAAACAUGAAUCUGACAAACUCCAGGUCAUCACAGAUCCAAUAAUCUGUCUUUGUUUCUGGGUUGUUUUAUCAGACACCUGACAGAUUUCUUUGGGCCCGAGGUUGUGAUGUUGACAAGUUGUUAUUAAUAGUAGGAAAGCUUCUUUCUUUUUUUUAUCGGAGUAUUUCUGCAGCUUCACUCUGGGACGACAUGAGAAAACAUCCUGCAGCUGUUUGAUGAGCAGCAAACUGUGGAGGAUGUUCUGCUUUCAAUCAGGCCACAGUGGAAACUGCCACUAAAGCACAGACACAUCAGAUAAAACAUCAUAUUGACUUAUCACAGCGUUCUACUGUUAUUUGGGGGAAGUAAAAAAAAUAAAAAUAAAAAUCUCUCGCUGACCUUUACAGCAUUUUUCUUCUCGGAGCAGAUAUUGAUUUUCGGGGCUUCUCUCCCAGAACGUCUUCAUCAGGGUAAAGCUUGUUUCCCCCUUUUUCUAUUGUGAGCACCGUCCAAUGACAGACAAACACACGCUUUAUUUCCUCCAUUUAUAACAAACUGAAUCAAAAGGCUUGAAUGUUAGUGAUUAAAAAAAAAAAAACUGAUCUUGUAUUUGCAUUUUCUAUGUUUGUUUUAUAUCCUUUUUUAUUUAACUGACGAUGGAUGUUAAUAUUGUGAUUGAGAUUCAGUUUCAAGCUGGAAUAAAAAAAAAAGACUUUG